AAUAGGUAGAGCUCACUUGUGGAAAUGUCAAACAAAGAAAAUCAAUAAAAUCUACCUUGCCAUGAAUUGAGCUUCAAACUUUCAUCACAAGUCGAUUUGCUCCCUCCAUUCAAAGGGAAGUAGGGAAGCAGAAGAAACAGAAUUAAUAAAUUUGGUAAAUUUCCAAUGCUUUCAGGCGAUCUAUCGAAGAUGGAAACUUCGGAGACGAAGCAGCGCAGGCGUAAUUACAGAGUGGGAUUUGGAAAACAUAAGGGGAAAAAAACAGAGGAGCAGGGUUCUAGGCGUAUUUAUGAUCCUCGGCGAUGGCGAAAGAGAAGCAAUAAAAACAAAGUAAAUGGAAAUAUUGGCAACAUAAGCUUAAGCGGUAGGUUCCAUGGAGAGCCGGCUGCAGGGUGGAUGCUCGUUUGGGCUGGCCGCUUUAAACGUUGGAGGCGACGCUGGUUCGUCGCUCAUCCGCCUGGUCUAUUGCUCUAUUACAAAAAUUCUGAGCAAAUUGGCCGCCCUGGCUGUAUUAGCCUCCUGGGUUCCACAGUUGUUGCGAUUCCUGGCAAGGAUACUCAAUAUAAGAUUGUGAAGGACUCAGUAAUCUAUUAUUUACGUACUGCAACAGGGGGACAAAGGCAGGCCUGGAUAGAUGCCAUUCACCAAUCAAUUCAUACUUAUAACACAUCACUACAAAAGGCAGUUAGUGGAACAAUUCCUCCAGAGUCUGUUAUGUCACACCAAAGAAUUCCAGCUCAUGCCAAAGUAAGAUUGGAGGAGCAGGAAAAAGAACUCCAAAGAAGGUUAUCUACUAGAAUGCAAGAAAUUGAACCUUUCAGACAGGCCUUCUUACAACAGUUGCAAACACAUCAGGGAUCUGUAUCAGUUUUGUCAUCUCUGUCAACGGUGGCAGAAUGUGAGAUCGCUACACAGACACAAAGAAGAUACUUGAAUGAGAAUCAAAUGCAUGGACAAUCAGUUUGUACUGAUACUGGAUUUAUUGAUAAAAGAAGCAGAUCAACUGUCACUCAUUCAACAAUAAGGAGGAAAGCAGGACACUCCCGAAAUGCUACCAUUGGAGAUGGUGAAUUUGGGUUUCAUGAUUUGGGGGGAUGCAUUGGUAGGGAGUUGUUUAGGCGGCGCAAAAGAGGUGGGAAUGUGCCAUAUGCCCUAUCCAGUGGAUCCUUAUCUGAUACCGAGGUUAAACAGAUUCCAUUUUCAUCCAUAAACCAAAAUAUUAAUUUUCCAGUGAGUAAAACUGCAGAUACUUAUUCUAAUUGUACUAAAAGAUAUGUGUCUCAUGGGGAUGAUGCAAACAACCAUGGUGACAAGAUAUUGAAAUGUUCAAAAGAUGAAGGAAAACCAUUUGAACAACGUUCCACUACAAGUUUUGAUAAAGAUAACCAACCAGCCUCAGACAAUCCACUUUACUCUUCGUGGAACCAAAUUCAGGAUGCAUUUUCAAAGGCACUCAAAGAAGAGAUUCGUAGAGGAGUUUUGUUGGAGGCAGAAAAUGCAGCACUUAAGGAAUCUUUCUCAAUGCUACCUCAUUUACAAGAAUACCAGAAUGAAAUAUUUGAUUCACAAGAAAAAAAUCUGAGUGAGAGUUCUAUGGUGGAAGUUGACACUGCUGGGAAAUUAUAUAGAGAGAAUAUAGAAGAAGAACAAGAUGUUCAAGAUUCUGAUGAUGAAAUUUCCUGUGUAUCGACUAACCUCACCAAUGAGGAGUAUUUUGAGGCCUUAGAAGUCCUGAAUCAGCACGACUACAUGGUUAAGGGGAUAGCCUCACAAGAAUUAGAGGAACUGGGUGAAGAGGUAGAUCUUACAGAAGAGCCACCAGAGAUACCUGAUUUGCAGGGUGACGCUGACAUCUUAUCUGAGCCGGAAGGGGAGGAAUAUGUUUUCCCUCGGACCAGGUUACCUGCACCCAAACCUAUAUCUCGUGGAUUCAGUUUAUGGACAAUUCUGAAGAAUGCAAUCGGAAAGGAUCUAACACAAAUUACCAUGCCUGCCACAUUGAAUGAACCACUCUCAAUGCUGCAACGUUGUGCAGAAGAAAUGCAGUAUCGCCAUUUACUGGAGAAAGCAUCUCAGCUGGAUGACUCCAUUGAACGACUCCUGUGGGUUUCUGCAUUUGCAUGUGCAACAUAUCAUGGCAGUCUUCAUCGAGAUUAUAAGCCCUUUAACCCUUUGCUAGGGGAAACUUAUGAAUGGCAAGCACCUGAUAAUACAGCACGUUUUAUUUCUGAGCAGGUUAGCCACCAUCCUCCAAUUAUGUCAUUUUUUGCAGAAAGUACAUCUAGAGACUAUAUUUUCUAUGGUGAAGUUGAAAUUAAGAACAAAUUUUGGGGGCGAAGUGUGGAGGUUCUUCCUGCAGGAAUUUUUCAUUUGCAUUUUCCAAAGUACAAUGAUCAUUACACUUGGAACAAGGUGUCUUCUUCUGUUCAUAAUAUUAUUAUUGGUAAAUUAUGGCUAGACAAUUAUGGGGAGAUGCUUGUUCACAACCACAGAACAAAAGAGGUUGCCCGUAUUCAAUUUCAUAAAGCAAACAAUUUAGAACAUGGUCGAAUUUCUGGAAAGAUAUUCAAUGAUAGAGAUGUGCCACAGAUUUCGAUAUAUGGAAACUACAUGGAUGAAAUAUUUUCAUCUGUAGAAUUGGGUUCAAACUGCCAUGAAUCUUAUAGUUCUUCAAGAUGCAUUUGGAAGCAUCCUGAUCCUCCAGAGGAUUAUCAACAGCAGUAUUGUUUUAACCAUUUUGCAAUCGGUCUCAAUGAGAUGAAGCCUGAAUUGCAAGCACAACUACCUUGCACUGAUGCACGUUUUAGACCAGAUCAACGGGCAUUGGAGAAUGGUGACGUAGAGAAAGCUACAUAUGAAAAGUACAGACUUGAAGAGAAGCAGCGCGCAGCUUGUAAGUGGCGAAAAGACCGGCAAAGGGAGUGGAAAUGCAUGUGGUUUCAACAGCGAGAUCCCAGGAAAAAACAUGUUAAUUCACUGAAAGAUGGAGAUAUUGAGCCUACAUGGGUUUAUAAUGGCGAAUAUUGGAGUGCACGGGAGAGGAAAGCUUUUCAGAAUUGCCCAGAUAUAAUGUAGCUGUGGUUUUUGAGCAUGUCUGUCUUCUGUACUAUUAAAGCCAUGAUUAUAGACAUGAUUAUGAAUUUGUAAAAAGGAACAUUUUUUACUAGAUAGUUUGUUAUAGAUGCAGUUCACAACAAAGCAUGCUAAAGCCACAUUAAAGCGUUGAAUGCAAACGGUUUUGGCAAUUUCACCCUGGUAACAUUAGCUGCACGUGAACUCUUGAAACAAGAGUGCACAUGCUUCUGUAAAUAGAAUAAUAAUGGAGAAGAUGGAAUCUCAGCUUUUCCAAAUCUUUAGAAAAAUAUUGUUAAGAAGAAGAAGAAGAAAUUAAAUUCAUAAUGUAAAUUAUGAAUUUAUGGCAUUAUCACAUAUAAAGAUUUUCAAGUGAGAAGAAACGCUGUUGAUUUAUUUAUUGUUUACAAAUUGAGAUCCAAUAAGAAAGUAUUUCAGAAUUUGGCUUUAA